CUUCCAGUUGACUGGUUGUUUGCGGGUCCUCUCCUCUCCCGUUUCAUAUAUAACAUAUGAGCUCGAGAGAGCGGGAAGGCGAGGAGGGCGAUGCGCGGACCGAAUUCCGGUUAUGCGACGACUUCACUACGACCAUUACCACUAUCGGAUGUUCUGGGUAUUCUGUUAUUCGUUCUUCUUGCUUGUACGAUUUUCCUGAUAGCGACGGCGCAAGUGGUGCAGAAUGUAACGUUGCAGAAUACGGAUGAUGACCUUAUCUAUGUUCCUGAGCUUUGUGUGGGUGGGGAGGCGUGUCUGGGUGGAUGGAUGGUCGUUGAUCUUGCGGGAUCGUCAAACGGCAGUGUUACGACCACGAAUGGACCUGAUGUCUCGUUUGGGAACAUCCUUCCCCAAGUGUAUCUUACAUUCCGAGGGUCAGCUCUCUAUGUCAAGACCUCCGACGUCUCAAAUGCAACCGCCAACUUGACAGUAUCGUCUCUACCAUCUGGUACGCUCGAGAGCAGGGUAUUCGAGCCUUCACGCGAUUUUUGGGCGUUCGAGGAUCUUGACGAGUCCCAGUUGACGACGGUCGCGGUUACUUAUCUCCCCGACCAAGAUGGAGAAGGACCUUCGCGGCUGGAUAUUGACUUUGUGAAAAUAUCCGUGUCGGAUGCUAGUGUUACGUCGUCCUUCCUGCCUUCACCAACCCUCCCCACUUCGGCCUUCACACCCAGAUUCGCACCACCCUCAACUCUCUCCGCUCCACCACCCACCAUAACGAGCUCCUCCUUGCGUCGUCAGCCGACAGGAGCUAUUGUCGGAGAGACCAUCGCAGGCUUCGUAGUCGCACUUCUGGUCAUCACUCUUAUAGUGGUCUUCGUCUGGCGUCGCGAUCGCCGCAAACGGGCUGAACAAGAGCGUAAGGAGACGAACGCGUUAAAUGCGGCUCAACAGAUCCUACCUGUGGCGUCUAGGAGUAGGAGAAUGCAGCAGCUAACGCCGCUGAGGGUAUAGAAGGUAUAGAGGGUAUGAGAUUUGAGGAGCUAAUCGGGAGUAACUCAUGCGGCAGCGGCAGCUUGGAGAUACACAAUUAUAUCCUGCCAACGUCAAUGCUUUACGGACGAGUGGGACGAACGGACGGAGCUGUGUCAUUGAUACUAGCCGGAUAUUUGGUGAUGGCCCUUCUGAACCAUUUGCAUUUGCUUGGCUUGUACUCUCUCCGGAGUCGGCUUGCACAUCCGGAGAUAUGUGUUCAUAUGCGCUCCGUGGCAACUGCGGCGACCACGCAACUCGGGCUACCCGUAGGCGUAGUGGAAGUGGAUAAGUGUACCGCUAGGACAAUAAUCUUGAAGUUGCGGCCUACACUAGUGAUACUAUAGUCAUACACAUGAAAUGUUCUAACGCCAGCAUGUCUAACGAUAAUCCUAGCUAUGUCAACGAUC